GAUUUCUGCUUGUAAUCGUAAAGUGAGUAAAAGAAUACAAUAAAUAGUCUUUGAAAAUCAUAAUCAAUUUUCAAGUCGGUAGUUUUGUUACUAGAGCUAAUUGUGAGAUAAAAUAAUAUAGAUUUAAAAAAUGCCUGACCACUUAGGAGACGAUAUGAGAAAAACUAAAGACAAUAAAGAAGAACCAGAAAAAGAAAUAAAAUCUUUAGAUGAAGGUGAUAUUGCACUUCUGAAGACAUAUGGCCAAGGGCAGUACACGAAAACCAUCAAAACCUGUGAAGAAGAUAUUCAGACUAUCAUAAAACGGGUUAAUGAACUAACUGGCAUUAAAGAAUCUGACACAGGUCUAGCUCCCCCUGCGCUCUGGGAUUUGGCAGCAGACAAGCAAACUUUACAAAAUGAACAACCCUUGCAAGUUGCACGCUGUACUAAGAUCAUCAAUGCUGAUACUGAUGAUCCUAAAUAUAUCAUUAAUGUUAAGCAGUUUGCUAAAUUUGUUGUAGAUCUAGCUGAUUCAGUUGCCCCUACAGAUAUAGAAGAAGGAAUGAGAGUAGGAGUGGAUAGGAAUAAGUAUCAAAUCCAUAUUCCACUCCCUCCAAAGAUUGAUCCUACUGUAACUAUGAUGCAAGUUGAAGAGAAACCUGAUGUUACUUACAGUGAUGUUGGUGGUUGUAAAGAACAGAUAGAGAAAUUGAGAGAGGUUGUGGAAACCCCAUUAUUGCAUCCCGAGAAGUUCGUCAAGCUGGGCAUCGAGCCGCCCAAGGGCGUGCUGCUGUUUGGCCCGCCCGGCACCGGCAAGACGCUGUGCGCGCGCGCCGUCGCCAACCGCACCGACGCCUGCUUCAUCCGCGUCAUCGGCUCCGAGCUGGUGCAGAAGUACGUGGGCGAGGGGGCGCGCAUGGUGCGCGAGCUGUUCGAAAUGGCCAGGUCGAAGAAGGCGUGUCUGAUCUUCUUCGACGAGAUCGAUGCGAUCGGAGGGGCGCGGUUCGAUGACGGCGCCGGCGGGGACAACGAGGUACAACGUACCAUGCUGGAACUGAUCAACCAAUUGGACGGUUUUGAUCCUCGCGGCAACAUCAAAGUCCUCAUGGCCACCAACCGUCCAGACACUCUCGACCCGGCAUUGAUGAGGCCGGGCCGUCUCGACAGGAAAGUGGAAUUCGGCCUGCCGGAUCUAGAAGGCCGCAGCCACAUUUUCAAAAUCCACGCUCGCUCGAUGUCCGUCGAACGCGACAUUCGUUUCGAGUUGCUCGCCAGAUUAUGCCCCAAUUCUACGGGGGCGGAGAUACGGAGCGUGUGCACUGAGGCGGGGAUGUUCGCUAUCAGGGCCAGAAGGAAAGUCGCCACCGAGAAGGACUUUUUGGAGGCCGUCAAUAAGGUCAUCAAGUCGUAUGCGAAGUUCUCUGCCACUCCGAGAUACAUGACUUAUAACUAAAGGAGUUUUGUUGGCAGGAUAUUUCGUUAUUUAAUCUGAGUUCGACUUGAUUUGAAUGAAUAUAUGUGUGUUUGAUAU